GCAAUAAUGGGUUCCAUCUACGAAGCACAGCGUGCAAAGGGUCCAGCCACAGUUCUUGCCAUCGCCACUGCAAAUCCAUCCAACUUUACAUACCAGACUGACUUCCCCGAUUUCUACUUCAGAUCCACCAAGAGUGAGCACAAGACCGAGUUGAAGGAGAAAUUCAACCGAAUCUGCAACAGGUCAACAAUUCUAAAACGUCACACUUUCCUGAAUGAGGAAAUUAUCAACGAAAACCCAGACUUCUGCAACCCUAUGGCGGCAUCACUCGACGCACGCCAAGACAUUAUGGUGGUUGAGGUCCCUAAAUUGGCUAAGGAAGCUGCUUCCAAAGCCAUUCAAGAGUGGGGUCAACCCAAAUCUAAGAUCACCCACCUUGUAUUCACUACCAUUUCUGGUGUUGACGCACCCGGCUAUGACUUCCAACUCGUCAAGCUCCUCGGCCUUUCACCCACCGUCCAACGUGUUAUGAUGUAUCAUUUAGGCUGUUAUGGUGGUGGUUCUGUCCUCCGUGUCGCCAAAGAUCUUGCUGAGAAUAACAAAGAUGCACGCGUCCUCGUUGUCUGCUCCGAGAUCAAUUCCGUCAGCGGCUUCAAGGGACCUACUGAGACUGACUUCCACACCCUACUAGGGCAGGCAAUCUUUGCUGAUGGCGCCGCAGCUCUGAUAGUCGGUGCUGAUCCCGACACGUCCGUGGAGCGCCCAUUGUUCCAACUCUACUCAGCAGGCUCUACGAUUCUCCCAGACUCAGAUGAUAUGGUUGAAGGCCACUUACGUCAAUCAGGUCUUUCCAUUAGCUUAUCAAAGGAUGUUGCCAAAACCAUCUCUGGGAAUAUUGAGAAGUGUUUACUUGAAGCAUUCAAAAAGAUUGGUGUUACCGAUUGGAAUUCCAUCUUUUGGGUGGCACACCCAGGUGGGCCAGCCAUUUUGGAUCUAGUCGAAAUGACACUCGGCUUGAAGAAGGAGAAAUUGAUCGCAUCGAGGAAGGUGCUAAGCGAGUAUGGUAACAUGUCAAGCCCCACAGUAUUGUUCAUCUUGGAUGAGAUGAGGAGGAAGUCUAUGGUGGAAAAUAAAGCCUCAACCGGUGAAGGAUUCGAUUGGGGUGUGUUGUUAGGGUUCGGACCAGGUCUAACCGUAGAAACAGUGGUGUUGCGUAGCGUUCCUACGAUAUGAUUUCACCAGCUCAUUAAUUA